GUGCAGCGGAAGUACUGCGUCAUUCCAACAUGGCGUCGCACUGAGCUUGUGGAUCAGAAACUGAACUGUUAGUCGGUCAGCUGCACGCAGUUCGCUUCGAGACUCUCCACUGCAAUUCAAAAAUGUUCACACAGGAGAUAAGGUAAAGAUCCUGAAACGUCACUACAAGCCAGAGGGAGCCCGGCAGCGUCCAGAAGAAGAACUUUGAAGACACCUCUGACGUCGCUUUGCAUUUUCCAGCAGUGAUGUCACGGACAGAUGUUGCGGACACCACACCCUUCUUCUCAGAUUAUAAUGAGGAGGAGGUGCCGGCUGAAAAUGGGGUGGGUUCACCUCAGCCCGAGGAGGAGGAGCCUGCCAGUGGAGUGUCUGAUAAGAGAGCUACAUUGACUGUGAUUGUACUCUGCUACAUCAACCUGCUGAACUAUAUGGACAGAUUCACUGUGGCAGGUGUACUUCCAGACAUUGAGCGUUUCUUCGGCAUUAGUGAUGGAAAAUCAGGGCUACUUCAGACAGUCUUCAUCUGCAGCUACAUGUUCUUGGCUCCUGUGUUUGGAUACCUGGGUGACAGGUACAACAGGAAGUUGAUCAUGAGUGUUGGUAUUUUCUUCUGGUGUCUAGUGACACUUGCCAGCUCCUUCAUUGACAAAGAACAUUUCUGGGCGUUGUUGUUGACUCGAGGGCUAGUGGGUGUUGGAGAGGCCAGUUACUCCACCAUUGCUCCCACCAUCAUCGCUGAUCUGUUUGUCAAAGAGAAGAGGACCAACAUGCUGUCCUUGUUCUACUUUGCAAUCCCAGUGGGAAGUGGUCUGGGUUAUAUUGUGGGCUCAAAAGUGGAUGAAAUGGCUGGGGAUUGGCACUGGGCUCUUCGGGUGACCCCUGGUCUGGGGCUGUUGGCCGUGAUCCUCUUGUUGUUUGUGGUUCAGGAACCGAAGCGCGGUGCUAUCGAAGCUCGCCCGGAGCACACGCUGCACAGAACCAGUUGGCUUGUGGACAUGAAAGCACUCUGCAGGAAUCCAAGUUUUAUUUUGUCCACGUUUGGCUUCACUGCUGUGGCCUUUGUGACAGGAUCACUGGCCCUGUGGGCCCCUGCCUUUUUAUUCAGAGCAGGCGUCUUCAUAGGAGAGAAGCAGCCGUGUUUAAAAAUCCCCUGUGACAACUCUGACAGUCUGAUAUUUGGCGGCAUCACAGUUGUGUCGGGCAUCCUGGGCGUAGCGAGUGGAGUGCAAGCCAGCAAGAAGCUGAGGACGAGAACCCCUCGAGCUGAUCCACUAGUCUGUGCUGCAGGACUCCUCCUCUCUGCUCCCUUUCUCUAUCUGUCCAUCAUGUUUGCCCAGGCUAGCACUGCAGCCACUUAUGUCUUUAUUUUCCUGGGUGAGACAUUCCUGUCUAUGAAUUGGGCCAUUGUUGCAGAUAUCCUACUGUAUGUUGUGAUCCCUACACGUCGCUCCACCGCAGAAGCGUUUCAGAUUGUACUCUCGCACUUGCUGGGCGACGCUAUUAGCCCUUACCUCAUAGGAGUGGUGUCAGACUCGAUAAAGGAGUCGGACUCAUACAUGUGGGAGUUUCGUUCACUUCAGAUGUCACUCCUGCUGUGCUCCUUCGUGGCUGUGGGGGGCGGAGCUUUCUUCCUUGCUACGGCCCUCUUCAUUGAGAAAGACCGAGAACUGGCUGAGAACUACGUCCCCUCUGAUGACGCACCAAUUGUUGUUCCUAAGAGAGGCAGGUCCACUAAAGUGUCAGUGUCAAGUGUUUUAAUUUGAGAUGAUGCAAGAAUUUGGAUGCUUUUCAACAUGGGGAACAACAUUCUGAUUGGCUUUGGCAGACAGAGCCAGUGCCAUCAGUAGCCAAUCCUGGAGCAGUGUCAAACAUGGAAUCACUGAUUGGACAAUCUCCACAAUAUGGAGUUUUAUAGUAAUUUAUUAUGCUCAUAUUUUUUGUUUUUGUCUUUAACGCCAAUAUUGAUUUUGGGAACAUUAUGAACUAACAAAAAAUCAGGAACAUCGUACUUGGAAGUCAUGUGUGCCAUCAACCAUUCUGCCUUUCACCCGGAGAAGUCCUGUGGGAGGAGACAGAGGCACACAUGGGACAUGGAAAGAAGAGGUUAUAUUCUUCACCUUUAAUUAAAACUCAUCUAGCUGCGGUUUACAUUUCGAGUGUAAAGUACCUUUUUUAUUGGAGGGGAC